AUGUUCUCAACUCAAGUAGAACAACGGCGACCUGACUACGUUGGUGGAAAAUACGAUGAUUUACAACAUAAUCAAUUGAUCGAUGGAAUUCCUGUGACCUAUAUUCUUGAGAAAUUACACCUGCUUGGUCCUCGUUACUAUGGUGACAAAUUAACUGCAUUUGCUGAGGUACACGUAGAAGGUCUCGACAAAGUUUUCUAUGUUCAUGAAGAAUAUUUAGUCCUUCAAUCUUUAUUCUUUCGUGAAGUAUUCGAAAAUGUUAAUAAUGGAGAUAUUAUCACCAUUUCGCUUCCGUCUCCUGAAACUUUUGAACCGUUGUUAGAGUUUCUAUAUAAUGGUGAUGCCGAUAAAUGGUAUGAUACGUUGACGGUGGAUAAUUAUUACGAUGUCCAUCAGAAUAUAAAGUAUCUCGGUCUUGGACCGGCUGCACAGGCUGUGGUCUUAGC